AUGGCAUCCUCCUCUACCUACCUCAUGCUCGCCAGCGCCCGUGCUCCCCUCGCUCCUCUUAUAAGGCCACCGCUGAUGGCCCUCGUCGCGAGAACCGCCGCAGCCUCCAUCACUAGUGGCGCCAGAGCCAGUGUCCCUCUGUUCGUCAACGCCGCUGCGUGCCGGCCGGGAGUGCGGCGCCGUGGCUGGGCCCAACUCUGCAGAGACUCGUCCCUCCAGGGCCCUCCAGGCGCCGAUUCUCCUGCUCAAGAGCAAGAGGAUAUGAAGAAGAGCGAGGCGGUGUCAGAGUCUGCUGCUCGGAUUGCCGGAGGCAGCGGCGGGAGGUUCAGCGACUGGAGCACGUCGGUGCUCAUCUUCGGGAUCUGGGCGGGACUCAUGUACUACGUCUUCCUGCUCGCGCCUAACCAGACACCGUACCAAGACACAUACCUCUUGCAGAAACUUUUAAAUCUGAAGGGUGACGAUGGCUUCCGAAUGAAUGAUGUUCUUGUUUCUCUAUGGUACAUUAUGGGCCUCUGGCCACUAGUCUACAGUAUGUUGCUCCUUCCUACUGGCAGAAGUUCCAAAAGCAAGAUCCCUGUGUGGCCAUUCCUGGUUCUUUCAUGCAUCGGAGGAGCAUAUGCUUUGAUUCCUUACUUUGUCUUAUGGAAGCCUCCUCCACCUCCCAUUGAGGAAGAUGAAAUUGGACAAUGGCCAUUAAAAUUUCUUGAGUCAAAGUUAACUGCAGGAGUAGUGUUUGCCUUGGGCAUUGGACUGAUCAUAUAUGCUGGCAAAGCUGGUGGCGAUGAUUGGAAGGAAUUUAUUCGAUACUUCAGGUCGAGCAAGUUUGAAAAAUGGUUCAUGGCUUCUACCACUUGCACUGAUACCUUUUGUGGGGCCCUCACUGUAUCUUCUACUGCGCCCAUCACUUUCUUCCUUGCUGGAAGCAUCUGCUUCACCAUCUGA